AUGAGUGUUGGGAACCCACCCGGACUCCUGGACUUAGCAGCCAUGAGCCUGUUGAGAGACGAGGCAUCGACCAUCUCCUCUUUGGAGGAUCUGCUCACGGAGAUCUUCCUACCACUCUUCAUGGCUGCCUUCUAUGGGAGACACAGGGAGACCUUGAAGACCAUGGUGCAAGCUUGGCCCUUUGCCUGUCUGCCUCUAGGGGCCCUGAUGCAGAAGCCUCACAAGGGAACCUUCCAAGCAGUGCUGGAUGGGCUUGAUGUCCUGCUAGCCCAGAAGGUUCGCCCCAGGAGGUGCAAACUGAAGGUGCUGGAUUUAAGGAAUACUGGCCAGAACUUCUGGAGCAUGUGGUCUGGAGCCAGAGCCCAUGUGUACUCAAGCUCAUCGAUGGCACCAGUGGCUGAGGACAUUUCAAGGACAAAGCAGCCCUUGGCUCCCUUGGAGGUAUUCGUAGAACUUUGUCUCAAGAAAAAGACCCUGGAUAAAUUCCUCGCCUACCUCAUCAGGUGGGUGGAGCAGAGAAAAGGCUCCGUACACCUGUGCUGUAAGAAGCUGAAGAUUGUUGCAAUGCCCAAGGAAAAUAUUAAGAAAGUUCUGAGUAUAGUACAGCUGGAGUGGGUACAGGAGGUGGAAGUGAAUUGCACCUGGAAUCUGUCCACCCUGGCCAUGUAUGCUCCUCACCUGGGCGAGAUGAGGAAUGUUCAGCGACUCCUUCUCUCCCCCAUUCAUGUGUCUGCCUUCAAGGAGCAAGACCCUCAAUAUCUUCUACAGUUUGCCUCUCAGAUCCUCAGGCUGCAGUACCUCCAGGAUCUCCAUAUGGAAUCUCCAUCCUUCCUCGAAGGUCACCUGAACCAGAUGCUCAGGUGUCUGAACCCCUUGGACAACCUCUCAAUAACCAACUGCCUGCUUACAGAAUCAGACUUGACGCAUCUCUUCCAGUGUCCAAACAUUAGUCAUCUAAAGGGCCUGAAUCUGAGUGGUGUUACCCUGACCAACUUUAGUCCUGAGCUCCUCCAAGUUCUGCUGGAGAAAGUUGCAGCCACUCUUCAGGAACUGGACUUAAACCUGUGCAGGAUCAUGGAUUCCCAACUCGAGGCCAUCCUGCCUGCCCUGAGGCACUGUUCCCAUCUCAGCGUCUUCAGCACGUGUGGGAACCUCCUCUCCAUGGCGGUCAUGGAGACGCUCCUGCAUCAUACUGAUGGACUGCCUGGUUUAAAUCUAGAGCUUUAUCCUGCCCCUCGGGAGAGUUACAGCUCUCAGGGUGUUCUCCACCGGGAGAGACUUGCCCUUCUACACGCUGAGCUUUUGGAGAUUCUUAGAGACUUAGGACAUCCCAGGACCAUUUGGAUUAGCCCAGCGCCUGUCCUCACUGUGGCGUUGACAUAUGUGAUCACAUAA